AUGAGCAGUGGUGAGAUUGAGAAGAAGGCCGAAGAUGCCUUGGCUGACGAGGUCGCCAAGUUGUCGCUGGGAGAAUCAUCCACUCCUGUGAAAGAAAUCGAGGGUGCUCCAGUGGCAUUAAAAGCGUUGGCCCACUGGAUUCUGAACGAUUGCGAAAAGGUUGUUGUGUUGAGUGGUGCUGGAGUUUCGGUGGCCGCUGGAAUUCCUGAUUUCAGGUCGCCUGGGACGGGGCUGUAUGAUAACUUGCAAAAGUACAACCUCCCCUACCCCGAAGCAGUCUUUGAUGUUGACUUUUACCGAAAGAAUCCCAAACCCUUUUGUUCAUUGGCAAAGGAGAUCUGGCCUGGAAUGAUCCAUUCGCCUACCCUUACCCACUGCUUUAUGAGCAUGCUGGCUUCGAAGGGAAAACUGCUAAGAGUGUACACACAGAAUAUUGACGGGCUGGAAGUGCUUGCCGAGUUGCCACCUGACAAAAUCGUGGAAUGCCACGGGCAUUUCCGCACGGCUGCCUGCAUCGAUUGUGCCAAAUCUGCCGACAUUGACUCUGUGGUACAGUCCAUCACCAAGGAAGGCAAGGCACCCACAUGCGACAAAUGCAAAGGAUAUGUGAAACCCGACAUUGUCUUCUUCGGCGAGGGUCUUCCAAACCGAUUUCACAAACUGCUACGACCUGACCUGCAACAAGCGGACCUUCUGAUCAUUCUAGGAACAAGCCUCCAGGUGGCUCCCGUGAGCAUGAUUCCAGAUCUUGUCAAUCGCAACAUCUGCAAGCGGGUUCUGCUCAAUAGAGAGCUGGUUGGAAAUCUUGAUAUACUGGGCAAAACCAACAAACAGAACAAGAGUACAGCAAGAUAUUCCACAAGGUGA